AGCCGUUGUGGCUCAAGGUUUCUUGGGCCAUGCAGGCUCAGCGAGGCCGGAUGGCCAAGACAGGGGCGCCCGCAGCAGUAGCAGCCAUGGAAAGCCAUUCGCAUCUCAAUGCGGAAGAGCUGCUCUACAGGAUGAAUGGUUAGCUAUUGCGGCUGCUAGCUCAGCAUGUUGGUGGUUCCCCUGAGGGCAUUGCCACUGCAGCCCGUCAGUUACGUCGCGAUGGGAAACUCAGCGGGAAGAUCUGCAAUAAUAUCGUCAUGGUGGACGAGGCGUACCACCUCACCCGCCAAAUGACAACGAGCAUUCGAAGGUCAAGGCCGUUCUUUUCCAGGAGGCAGGUGGACCGUUGAGAACGCACAUGUUGCCUCCACUUGUGCGGACUCGCUGAGCGGUGGGGAGUUGCUUGAGCACACCACCAACCAUGGCAGCGUCAGCGACAGCAGCAGUGCUAUGCGUGUCGAGGUCCUCAUCAACGGGGACGACGUCCGUGAGCAGUGCGCCCAGGCGGUAGAUAUGGACCCGCUCAUGUACGAUGGGAUUUGGACCGCCUGCACGAACUGCAAUCGGUCACGGUAGAGACGCGAGCCGAUGUUCUUUCAAUUUGGGGUCAAUCGGUUGCUGGGCCAGGAUCUAAAGAAAUCCAGCUUACCAGUGUGGAUUUCGAGUACCCCCCGCGCCCGAUGGGAAGCGACGGGCCCACAGAGGAGGUGAAUAUCACGCAGACUGAGGAGGAGCAUAACCCUUUCACGGACCAUCCUUCGCAGUACCAUGUCAUGGUUUCAGAGCGCGAGAAGAAUGCGAAGUUGAUGCGCGUUCUGCGUUCUACAACUUAUCAUCGGGCGGUCGUGUUGGUUUGGUCGAACAGGCGAGCCAUGGCAUUGUCAGAGGUCCUUCGGGAGCUCAAAUUUGACGCUCGCUCCAUGUAUUCUGUUGAGGGUUCCCAUCCAGACUCCGAGUCGGACGGCUCAAUCCAAGCGGUGGUGCAGAGCUUUGGGCCCGAGGCGGGCAUUCUGGUGGCGUUGGCAGAAGAUCGGGCCCUGACAUCAGAUAUCAUCAGGCCGAACCUGCUCAUCAACUACGACAUGCCUGAUGACGCAGAAUCCUAUCUGGGUCGCGUAGGCCCCAAGGGCCACGUGAGCUUGGACGGGGUGGUCAUUUCCUUCGCAGCCAGUUCUGACGCCGCGGUGCUACUGGAGAUCCAGGAGGAAAUGCCUGUGAACAUAGUGGCUUCGCCACCCAGUUCAGCGCCGGCGUAGGCUACGGCAAGAGGUUGUGAUGGGCAGCAGCAUGGAGUGACAGCGAGGGGUGAGAGGGUGGAGAGCACUUGCAUCCCGCUGCCUUGGAUGCCCAUCGGUAGCUGUCUGCUGCUGAGUGCUAGAAUCUCCAGCUUCCCCUUCUUAUCCGACCUUAUCCCUCCACCCCUUCCAGAGUUUUCAGCACUCUGCUAGCCCUCUCUGGGGGAGGUGGGGGAGCGGAGGAUUUCGAGUGUUAUGGUGCGUGCGUGUGUGCGUGCUGUGCGUGGGAGUUGCGCGUGUUUUAUCGGAGGGGGGGGGUUCCCCCCCCAUCCUCCGCAGCUGUCGUGCACGCCUGGGAAACACCUAGCUACGACAUAUUGCCCUAACGGCGCUGGCUUCUUUUAGGGCAGCAGUGCUUCCAGCCAGUCCAGAGAGCGAGGCUGUCGCGCUCGGAUUUUCCGGGUUCUCUAUUCAAUUUUACUCCAGCCUUAUCCUAUGAUGUGGGGUCUCUUCGCUGCUUAGGUUUAGCCCCCCUCCAGUCAGGGUGCAAAGUUAGCGGAACCACGCUCAGCAUCUGCCCAAGUACCCUAGAGCAGUUUCCCACCUUGGAGGAGGGGGGGGGGCGUUGGUCACAGGCGGGGGCAGGAGUGUGGAGGACCCCUUCCCGCUGCUGCGUGGCCCUGUUGUCGACCGCAACUUUGGUCGGGCAGCCCAGAGGCAUCCAUGGCCUCUGCGCCUCCCUUACUCCCUUCACGGGCGGUUUGAGCUGUCUUAGCGUUGUUGCUCUCUAGCCAGCAACCAAUUUCUGAGGGGGCGAUUUCUGAACGACGUGCGUGC